GUCACGGCCGCGCGUGCGCGUUUACGGUGGCGCGCGCAAACGCGAAAUUCGCUCCCGCGAGCCCCUCAACUGCCCCCCCCCCCCCAGCUCGCCGUGCCCCCCACUCCGCCACCCACCGUGCCCCCCACCACCUCGGGGCCCGGGUCUUCCAUGAUCUGGGAGGGGGGGAUCAGCGCUGGCGAACCCGUGAGACGCCGUAUCCCACGAUAAUCAUCACCAACCACGACGAUCAUCGCUCGAUAUGAUCAGCCCGGAGGGCAGCGUGCCCAAAGCACGGUGGGACUCGCAAGCGAAGCCCCAGGCCGUGGCGAUGGCAGCGAAUGUCUACACGAUCGGCGGCACCAGGGUGGAGUUCCCGUGCGUGCCGUACCCUUCGCAAGUGUCGCUCAUGAACGCCAUCAUGAGUGGCCUCAACGGCAAGGAGCACUGCCUGCUGGAGAGCCCAACCGGCAGCGGAAAGAGCCUGGCUCUGCUCUGCUCCACGCUGGCCUGGCAGAAGCACCAGUACGAGAAACUGGCGAACGGAGACUCGGAGAAGGCUCCCGGAGAGGACAAGAGCUGCAAGGGGUCCGCGCCCCCCCAAACCCCCGCCCCGUGCGGUGGGGGGCCCUGCGACUGCUCCUGCCACUCGGCGCCCGGCGCCCAGGCGGGCGCUGCCCCCUCCGCUGCCCCCUCCGCUGCCCCCUCCGCUGCCGAGGCCGAGCCCGGGAGCCGCUCCCCGUACUUCGGCACGAGCUGCCGUGCGCGCGAGGCCGCCCUCCCGGGCAACGGCGGCUCCCCCGUCUCCUCGACUCUGACCCCCCCCGUGACCCCGGCGGUGGGCUCCCCCCUCGCGUCGCCGUACUUCCUGUCAGCGGCCCCGGGGAUGAGUCGCCCUGGCAAGCGGGGGUCUCCCGCGGACGGCGGUGACAAAGGGGAUGACGAUGAUUUCCAGGUGGAGAAACGGCGGAACAGGACCCCCCACGGCAAGGCGCUGGUGAUGAAAAGAGGCAUUCCCAAGGGCGUGCAUUACGAGGACGACAGUGGUGGCGUUAGCGAUGAUGGCGCUGGUGGUGCUGGUGACAAGGCAGGCGGUGUUGGUCGCCCGAGGCCUCUCGUCACCCUGAAACAGAACGGUCAAAUCCCCGCGUGGAGCCCCGUCGGCAACGCCCCGUGCGGCGCCGCCUGCUGCGGCUGCGGCUCGCCGGGAGCGCCGGCGGGGGCCCCGGGGUCGAGCGGCCGCUGCGGCGGCCCGGAGGGCGGCGGGGUCGUGCGGCGACCGACGCGGCCGCCCAAGAUCUUCUUCGGCACACGCACGCACCGGCAGAUCACGCAGGUGGCGCGCGAGCUGCGGCGCACGGCGUACGCGGGCGUGCGCAUGACGGUGCUGUCGAGCCGCGAGCACACGUGCGUGCACCCCGUCGUGGCGGCCUUGCCGCACGGACGCAAUGAGGCCUGCAGGGAGCUGCUGGACAACAAGGACGGUGCCACGUGCUUGUUCUUCCGCAACGUCUACAAGCUGGGAUGCCAGGCGGCGCUGCCGUCGCUGGGGCUGGCGUCCGCGUGGGACGUGGAGGACCUGGUGAGGGCUGGCCGGCGCGUCGGGGCCUGCCCGUACUUCUCCGCUCGCGAGCUCAUGGAGGAGGCCGACAUCGUCUUCUGCCCCUACAACUACCUCAUCGACCCGCAGAUACGGCAGAGCAUGGAGAUUAGCGUGCGGGACCAGGUGGUGGUGCUGGACGAGGCUCACAACAUGGAGGACGCCGCGCGCGAGGCCGCCAGCGCCAGCGUGCCGCAGGGUGCACUUCGCCGUGCCCGCGACGAGGCCGGCUCCCUCGCCGCCGCCGGGGUGCGGCCUGACGAGCACACGCGGCUCCAGGCCGUGUGCAUCAGCCUGGACCGGUGGAUGACGCAGAGCACUCACCUGUUGAAACACCACGACUUUGAGAUGGACUGCCUUAAGCUGAGCGGCCGCGAGAUGCUGGAGGUGCUGCACGCCUGGGGCGUCACCGCUCACACCUUCCCCGAGCUCAAGCGUAGCCUGGCGCGCGUGCUGGAGAAGGAGGAGACUGUGGCGGGCAGAGGGCGUGACGGGGGUCGGGCGGUGAGCGUCGCCAUGCCGGUCGUCUCCGCACCCUCGCAGGUUCUGCUUGCAGCGCUCUUCCUCGUCCUCGACUUCAUGUUCCGUGAUGGCUCCAGGUUCGUGGAGGAUUACCGCGUGGUGCUGAUGCGUACGCUGGCAUGGGGCGCUCCGGAUCCGGACGUCCCCGACGCCGCGGGGUUCAUCGCGCGGCCUCGCCCCGGCUCGCGAGCCCGGCACAAGCGGCAGCUGCUCACGGUGCACUUUUGGUGCCAGAACCCAGCCGUGGCUUUCUCGGACCUGAGCGCGCACGCCCGCACCAUCAUCCUCACCUCGGGCACGCUGAGCCCCAUGGCGUCGUUCUCCUCCGAGCUGGGAGUCUCCUUCACGAUCCAGCGCGAGGCCACGCACGUCAUCAACCCCUCGCAGGUGUGGGUGGGCACGGUAGGGCUGGGCCCCAGCGGGAGGGAGCUGUGCGCCACGUACUGCCACACCGAGACGUUCGCCUUCCAGGACGAGCUGGGGGAGCUGCUGCUGAGCGUGUGCCGCACGGUGCCACGAGGGGUGCUCUGCUUCCUGCCCUCGUACAAGAUGCUGCAGAAGGUGAGCGAGCGCUGGCAGAGCACGGGGCUGUGGGCGGGACUGGAGCAGCGCAAGCUGGUGAUGAGCGAGCCCCAGCGCGGGGAGCGGGCCGAGUUCGACCGCCUCCUGGAGGAGUACUAUGCGGCGGUGCACACGGAGGGCCAGCGCGACGGCGCGCUGCUGUUGGCCGUGUGCCGGGGCAAGGUGAGCGAGGGGCUGGACUUUGCCGACGACAAUGCCCGCGUGGUGCUCACCGUGGGCAUCCCCUACCCCAACACGCGCGGCCUGCAGGUGAAGCUGAAACGCGACUACAACGACCUGCACGUGCGCUCGCGCGGCCUGCUGUCCGGGAGCCGCUGGUACGAGGUGCAGGCCUUCCGAGCCCUCAACCAGGCCCUGGGCCGCUGCAUCCGCCACCGCCACGACUGGGGGGCCCUGCUGCUGGUGGACGCUCGCUUCGGCAAGAACCCCGCCAAGUACACCGAGGGUCUCUCGAAGUGGUUGCGGCAGCAAGUGCGGCACUACGCCGACUUCGCCAGCGGCCUCCGCUCCCUCUCGGCCUUCACGGAGGCCUGCCGGGCCACCCUGAGCCCCGCCGAUCCCGCCGGCCCCGUCGCGGCCGGGCCCUCUCCCGGCCAACCCGCGGCCGCGAUAGAGCCGGCCGCUCCCCCUCCCGGCCACGGCGCCGCGUUCGACCGCGGCACGGCCGGACUUGGCAGGGCCGGCGUCGCGCACGACGCCGGCGGCGGCCGAGCGACCCCCGCCCGCGACCCCCCUCCGGCCACGCCGGCGCCCGCGUUGGACAUCGCCGGCGGGAGACGGCAGCGGGGGCGGCAGCGGCAUUGGCGGGGACGGGAGGCGCGACACCGCGGCUUCGCGUCGAUUGCCCGCUUCCUGUCGCCUCCCGGCGGCCCCGGUGGAGCCGGCGUCGGUGCCGAACGGCGCGAGGCGACGCCGGCGCCGUGGCCCCCGGGCUCGCGGCACGGCCUCCCGGUGGAGGGGGGCGACGCGGUCGCCGCCGAAACCGGCGGCGGACCGCGUGGCCACCGACGACACCGCCACUACCGCCGCCGGUAUCGCCGCCACUAUCGCCGCCCCCGCCGGGUUCGCCGCCCCCGCCGCCGCCGCCGGCGCCGCGCUCGUCCCUGCCGUUACCGCCGUCGGCACCGCGGCGCCGCCGUGCCGGGACGACGCCGACGACGCCGACGACGCCGACGACCAUCGCUGCUACACCCCGGAGCUGUUUGAGCCGGAGUGGGAGGGGGCGGAGCGGGAGGAGAAUCCGGAGCGCCGCUUUGCGGUUCCGACCGCCGCCGCCGCCGCCGCCGCCGCCGCCG